CUUUCACCCACCAACCACUUACGAUAUUAAACUCACUGACGCGCGGUCAGGAUUCAUUUUAUUUGCCUGCGAAUGACUGUGAAUGAGUGAAAUACAAUGUCAGUCUUCCUCGUACUUUUGAGCUGGACCUCUCAGGCGCUGACGUUUCUGUUAUUUUUACUUUUAAUAGCGUUUCUCGGUUACUGCGUGUAUGUUCAACAUAGUCAUAUGAAAUAUGACCACAUACCUGGGCCACCGAGAGACAAUUUCUUCCUCGGACAUUCACCCACUCUUUUGAGGAUUAUGAAAAAUGACGGCGUGGUUCACGACACGUUCCUCGAGUGGGCCGAACGCUACGGGAGUGUGUACAGGUUAAACAUUCUCCAUUACGUCACGAUGGUCGUCUCCAGUCCAGAGGCAACAAAGGAAGUCAUGAUGUCCCCAAAGUACCCCAAAGACAAAUUUGUCUACAAGAAACUUUUCAGCCUGUUUGGCCAAAGGUUUUUUGGUAAUGGCCUGGUAACGGCACAGGACCACGAGCAGUGGUAUAAACAGCGCCGAAUAAUGGACCCUGCUUUCAGCAGCACGUAUUUGCGGGGUCUGAUGGGCACCUUCAAUGAGAGGGCAGACAAGCUGAUGAAUAAGAUUGGUGAUAUUGCUGAUAGAAAUGCAGAGGCCAAGAUGCUCAGCUUAUUCAACUGUGUUACCCUUGAUGUUAUUGCUAAGGUAGCUUUUGGUGUGGAUUUGGACCUGGAGAACAAAAGUUCGCCCUUCCCUAAAGCUAUUGAGAUAUGUAUGAAAGGGUUGACGGUCUACGUGCGAGACGUCUUAUUUGCUUGGAAACCGAGCAACCGACAGUAUAUUAAUGAAGUGAAGAAAGCUGGCCAACUGCUGCGUUCAACUGGAGCUCAGUGGAUCAAUGACAGAAAGGCCGCCUUGCGAAACGGUGAGGACGUCCCCAAGGACAUCCUCACGCACAUCAUCAAAAGUGCAGACAAAGAGGAGGUCAUGACUGAAGAAGAUGAGCAGCUGAUGUUAGACAAUUUUGUGACUUUCUUCAUUGCGGGGCAAGAAACAACCGCCAAUCAACUUGCUUUCUGUGUAAUGGAACUAGGAAGACACCCAGAGAUACUGGAGAAAGUAAAGAAAGAAGUGGAUGAUGUCAUUGGGGUGAAACAGGAAAUAAGCUGUGACAACCUGGGGGAACUGAUCUAUCUCUCACAGGUGUUAAAAGAGACUCUGAGGAUUUAUCCAACAGCUCCAGGAACAUCUCGUGAUGUAUCUGUAGACAUGGUCAUCGAUGGGAUCCACGUACCUGGAGGAGGAACCUACGUGUUUAGUUCCUAUGUGACUGGGAGAAUGGAAAAAUUCUUCAAGGACCCACUGACAUUUGAUCCAGACAGAUUCCACCCGGAUGCUGCUAAGCCUUAUUACUGCUACUACCCCUUUGCCCUCGGUCCACGCUCGUGCCUGGGACAGAACUUUGCUCAGAUGGAGGCUAAGGUGGUGAUGGCUAAGCUGCUCCAGAGGUUUGAUUUCACCCUUGUCCCCGGACAGUCGUUCGACAUCCUGGACACUGGCACCCUCAGACCGAAGAGUGGGGUAGUGUGUUCUGUCAAACACAGGAACUAACAGACAUAUGUGGUCACUACAAAUACAUUAAAACAAAACAUAAUAGUUGAUGAUUUUAUAAACAUUUGUAAUUAUUAUAAUUUUUCUAACUGUUGUUCUAAACACUAAUUUUAAUUAGGUUACAGUACAGUACAUUAGUACUACUGAGCUGACAGUUUACCUCAGUGUAAUUGUAAAAACAGUGUAAUUUAAAACUAGCUUACAUUUCUCACUUAAAAAUUCAUUUAAAAAUGUAUUAUAUCAUUUGAUGUAAUUCCUGACAGUUUACAAUGCAGUGAUUUUCAACAUUUAUAGUUAAUGAUCUAUUCUGCAGCAAGUGGUGAUCACUUUGAUGUUAACUUUUUGUGCGUUACCAUAUACAGCCAUUGUUUAAUGAGUAAUUCUUUGUAAUACAUUGAUAUAAUAUAUCACAUUAAUAAUCCAUUACUACAACUAUACCUGAUAAGGACACAGUUUGUUAGGUGCUGUUGUAGAACAGUGUAUUUUUGUAUUUCCAUAAUGCAGAGGGCCUAAAUAACAACAUGGAGUAUUUCAGAUAGUUUAAAGUCCACUUUGCGGAAUAUUGUGCAAUAUGUGACUGAACUCUGACUCUUUAUCGCACCUUAAAUGUGCUCACUGACAAACUGAAAAAGGAAUUUUAUACUCCUCUGCAAUGCAAAUGAUCCUUGUUCAGACUAACACGUCAUAUAUAUAUAUAUAUAUAUAUGUCUUUAUAUAUAUAUAUAUAUAUAUAUAUAUAUAUAUAUAUAUGUAUGUAUGUAUGUAAGACUACAAUUCCAUAAUCCUGCUCUUGCUCUAAAUCCUCCUAGAUGGCACUGUUGCACUACACAAAGGCUGAGCCCAAGUGUGUGUUGAAGGACCCACAGACAGAGGUUAUGUUGAUGUACAGGGUUACAGUUUGGUAAUUGGUGACAUUGUUGUGCUGCACAUUGUUUCUAGGUUGUGGCAUCUUUGAUUAAGACACUGACGAUAACAUCUGUGGAAUCAGUCGCCAAGGCUUUAUUCCUUUUUGUUUCCACUCAAGGUUGUAACCUUGAUUGUGUUUUAAUGAAACAUCAGUCUGGUCAGUUGUUGCCAUGUGUGCACGAAGACAGUUCAACUCCCAUCCAUUCCAAACCUGAUAGAGGCGAUAAGUAUCCAGCUUUAAUAGGUUCAGAGGCAGGGUUAAAAGAAAAAUGGAAAUGAUCGCAUUGAUACAGAUGCUGCAAGGAGCCUUAAAGUGGCAGCUCGCGCUCUGUCAAAAUAUCGCUGCCAAACUCAUUUCAGUCACCUAAAGGUCCAGUGAGUAACAUCUAGGAUGGUUUAAUGGCAGAAAUAUACUUACCCAUUAAUAUGUUUCCAUAAAUGAAUAAUCAAUUUUAAAUAAAAGCUUGAAUAAGCCUUGAA